AUGCCCAGUCUUCCCCAAGACAACCAAGAGUGCCUCCAGGAACAUUUCUCCAGACCAUCUAUGUGGAAGCAAUUUCUGCCCCUGCGUAGGGCAGAGGGAUAUAAAGCAAACAUUCACGAAACCAUGGAAAAUGAAGGUAGCACCAAGGCUGUGCAUGAUAUCAAGUCUUUUAAACCUGCACAGCUCCCAGACUCGCGCGCUGCCGCGAAGCCGCUCAGCCUCCUGUCCAGCACGCUCUCUGGCCUCGCACGAUUCUUCUCUCACCUCCUCCGGCGACCCCCUUCUGGGACUCCCCAGCGGCGCCCGGACUUCUCCCUCCUGCUUUCCGUUCGCUCUCUGCCAGCGGCUAGGCUCUCGCGGGGUCACGGGGAGCGGCCAGGCCGCCUCUCGCUCCCGCUGGGGGCAGCUCUGGCACUGCCCAGCCGACCGGGGGGCCGCGCGCCCAGGGAAGAGGACGCCUGCGCUGGGCAGAGCUCGCCCAUGCCCCCCAUGGGAUCUGAGCGGCCAGAGAUGCGGAAACGGCAGAUGCCUGCAGCCCAGGAGACCGCCGGCUCCACGCCAGGCCAGCCCGGAGCAGGGGAGCGCGGGGCCAACGCCUGCUGCUUCUGCUGGUGCUGCUGCUGCAGCUGUUCCUGUCUUACUGUUAGAAACCAAGAACAGAGACCCAGGAGGCCCUCCCAUGAACUCAGACAAGAAGACCUUCCAUCCUGUGAAGAAAGCCCAAGUCCCACUCUGGAGGAAGUCAACGCCUGGUCUCAGUCAUUUGACAAGGUAAUGCUCACUCCAGCGGGAAGGAAUGCUUUCCGGGAAUUCCUCCGAACAGAAUUUAGUGAAGAAAAUAUGCUUUUCUGGAUGGCGUGUGAGGAAUUGAAAAAAGAAGCUAAUAAAACCAUCAUUGAGGAAAAAGCAAGGACCAUCUAUGAAGACUAUAUUUCUAUUCUUUCUCCUAAAGAGGUCAGCUUGGAUUCCCGAGUAAGAGAAGUCAUCAACAGGAACAUGGUAGAGCCAUCCCAACACAUAUUUGAUGACGCCCAACUUCAGAUCUACACUUUAAUGCACAGAGACUCAUAUCCCCGAUUCAUGAACUCUGCCCUCUAUAAAGAUUUGCUUCAGUCCUUAUCUGAGAAAUCAGCUGAAGCCUAGAUGUUAUCAAAUAUAUUUAUUAUUAAUAAAACAAUAAAAGAACUGAUGGACUAUGUGUAGUACAGGGAACUUAGAGGUAGGAGUAUGUUCUGCUAGAGAAAUACUUGGGCUAUUACUUGGGCUAUUUUUUAACAACAGAUGCUUCCUUUUAGAGAAAGCUACAUAUUCACAACGUAAACUGCAGCCACUUUUCGUGAUACUUUUGGGGGGGAAAAUGGAGUAUGGCUGUCUUAGAAAAAUAAUAUAUUUACAUUUACAGUAACAGCAGCGUGUUGUCAAUGGCGAAGGAUACCCUAGAAGACUCUCUACUGCCUGGGGCAUCUGCGUCCACUGGAGCCAACAGGACUGCUUUUGUUUCCCAUGAAUGUAGUAUCCGAUGAUUCUCCUCCCAAAGAAAAGGCAUUCAGGUGUUUCUUAGCCACUCCUUCCUUCCAUCCAGCUAUUUUGAAUAUUUGCUUAUUGGUGCCAUCGUAGGACCCAAAUUCCCAUUUUAUAAAGACGUGUCCCCACUACUUAUAAAAAUGGUAUUCCACUUUAUCUUAGACUCUGUGUAUGUAGAUACAUAUAUGUGCAUGUGUAUCUAUAAUGGUUCAUGUACUGUGCUCUUAAGUGGAUCGGUUUCACCUGUUUGGCAAGAGAAGUAGUGUUUAGAAAAUUCUUUCGUUGAAAAGUUACCUUUAUUUUAUUAUCAGAAUCUGCCAACCUAAAGAAUGAAUGUUCAUAACAGAACCUUCAAAUAAGCAUAUUUUCAUUUUGAUUAUUCAAGGAAAUAUGGCAUUUUCACUCUGACAUAAUAAAGCACAAGAGUUUUAUCUCCAUUUUUUUUCACACGUUAAAUAUUUGGGAAUAUAAGAUGGAGUAAGUAGGGAAACAUACAAGGUAGCAUCUAGCUCCCCAGACCCUGUUUUUAGAUCCCACUAUUUUUACAGUAGACAAAUGGAGUAACUUUAACAGCUUACAGGUAUAACUAGUGGUUAGUACCCAUCAGCCAUCCUGAAGAAACCCAUCACUGCAGUGAAAGGGAAAAACAUCCAAAAUCUGGAAUGGUUGGAGUUGUGGGUUAGAAAUUAUGUGCAAGGGGCCUGUGGCAGGCUUCCCCUACAGGGGCGAGCUUUCCUCUGGGCCAUUCUCACCUGGCCUGGUGAUUUCUUCAUUACUCAAUUCAAGCCCCAGACUAAGCCCCUUGCUCUCAUCCUCAGGCAAACAUCUUCCCACCUCCUACUAGGGUCCCUACCCGCUUCAUCUUCCCGUGUAAGCUCCAAAUGUGUCUGGAUGGGCAUUUGUUCCCACCUCUGUCAGUCCAGUCCCAGGGACUAAUGUGAUCGUUCCUCCUUUUCAAGCCAUCAACCCCUUAUGUGCUUUCGAUGCCAUAGUCAACAGUCUCACUUUUUUCACUAGACAGGACAUGAUUGUGAUUGAGACAUAAAUUCUGCCCUCUAGUUUACAUUUAGGUAAGGACAAUAGGCGUGUGUGGCCGCUACAUUAUACUGCAGCAAGCAAGUCUUGAGGGGCUACUGGCGGAGGGUGUGUGUGUGUUGGGUCCGAGGUGUAGGGAAGGUAUUUGUAACUGAAGCAUCCCCCAAAUGAGUCUAGCUGGGGACAGGCAGUGCAAGUGACUGUAAGAUGAAGGCGGUCAAGACAUCAGAGGGACCCGGGGUGUCAAGAUUUUAGGCUGGAGUAUUUGGGAUUUUCAACACAGAUAAGAUUGCCAGAAGGGUUACAGAGUGAGAAGAGCUGAGGUAAAUCCUUGCAACAAAGAGUCCCGAAGAAAACUGGGGAGGAUUUGCCUUCUCGGUUCCGGUAAGAAAGUGGGGAUAAGGCAGCACAGGAACGGUCCGGGCACCGGGCACCUAAUGGUCCAUGAAGGCUCUUACCUGGAACUCGGCUCCCCGUUCCCCGCGGGCCCCCAGUGAACGCGAGCCUGCACCCCAGAACCGCCGGUUGCCCUUCGCCUCUCAGCGGGUCGGCGCUUGCUGGUGCCUUUGCUCCUCUCCUGCCGCACUCGGGAGCCUCUGCGCAGGUCCCCGCAGGCGCAGCUCCCCGCAGACCCUCCUCCCUGUCCCCAGUCAGCGGGUACGGGAGGGUCCAGGCUCCGAAGCUCGACCGCGCGCUGGGUACCCGGGUCUUGCCCGGGCCUGCCUCUUCAUCUGCAAGAGCGGGGAUACUGGGACCUCACCCCAGUUGCUGCGCGGAUUUUUUUCCCCCAAGUGAGAUUUAUUGAGUAGACUCAAAGGGAGAGGCGGUCAGCAAAGGGCUGGGCUUGCUGUGCAGACUGAAACUCACCCACGCGGGGCCAGCCACUCGGCAGGGCAGGAGAUUCUCGGUCGCCGGGGUGUGCGCUCCAGGGGCCUACUGGGUGCAGGGAUCGCUUAGAAAUAAAUCUUUAGGCGCGCCUGGGCCGGUGAAGGGUCUGCCUUUGGCUCAGGUCUUGAUCUAGGGGCUGCCGUCUCAGUGGGGGGGCUGCUUCUCCCUCUCCCUCUGCCCGGUCUACCCCUUAUGCCCUCUAUCCCUCUCUCUCAAAUGAAAUCUGUAAAAAAUGAUACUUUUUAAAAAAGAAACUAACCCAUGUAAAAUAUACUAAGCAAUCACUGUAUGUCAGUUAUUGCUAUUAUUCUUUGUCCACUAGAUACGGCCUCCGGGUUUAGGCUCUGGCGUACUUUCCUUACUCAUCUGUCCGCUUCCCUGCAUUCUUAUAACCCCUUAAAUUACUGCCAACACACGUAGGACUACCAGACCAGGACCUGGUGUAGGCUACCCCCAGCACUUCCCAAUCAGCUGCCAGCCAGACAUCUCCCCUUGCAUAUCCCACCACAGAGAUGAUAUUGAAAUUCAUCUAAAUUCUGACUUCUCAUCCCACUGCCCUCCUCCCUCCAAGCCCCAGCACUGCCUAGGUCCCCAGUCACCUGGCCAGUCACCUAAGUUCUUAUUUACCUGCUAACUUUCCCCUUCUUUCUCCUUGCAAGCAGUCGCCAAGCCCUGCUGAUCUUAACUCCUAAAUAUUUCUCAUGUGUCUCCUUCCUUCUUCUGAUCCCCAUUAUCGCACACCUACCAGUAUCAUCACCAAGAGCCUCCUACCUAGUCUCUCUCAGGCUUUCAAAAUGCCACGAGGUGACUUUUCUUACACACAAAUCUCAUCACCAUCCCUCUGCUCCUUAGAAUCUUCCUAAUUCCCAACUGCCCAGAGUACAAGUACCAAACUCUCAGUACGGUGUGGGGACCCAGGAAAUUGAACAAAAUCCCCUACCCCUGGACAAGCAGAGGAGGACUGACUCUAUUUUGGGCUGCACCCGCCUUGUGCUGACCUGCUUAUUACUUAGGGCACUGCCCCGCCCUAAUCAAAGACCAGGACACACCCUAAUCGGAAAUCCGGCUCAGCUGACCAGCAUGACUGUGCAACUUUCUGCAUAUCCCAUUGGCCACUGGCCCCUAUAAAGUUGCUAAGCCUCUUAGUUUCGGGGUCCAAGUCCCUGCUCCGCUGUGUCGGGUACACUUGGCCCCAGGCUCGAGCUUGUAAAUAAACCCUCGUGUGAUUGCAUCGGUGUCAGCUCCCUGGCAGUUUCUCGGAUUAGCAAUCUUGGGCACAACAGGUGUAUAAGCAAGGGCCUCUAUAGUUGGGCUACUGGCUCCCUAGCCAACCCCACACACGGUUUAGACUCUAGAAUAUAUACUUAUAGACAAGUAUAUUUUCAUACCUCAUCACUGCUCAUACUGUUCAUACUUCCUGCUACCCCUACCCCUCUCUACAAUGCCACCCUUCACUCAGCUAACUCCUUUCAUUCCUUUAAGAUUUACCUAACACACUACAGCCUCCAAAAAACCUUACCUGACCUCUUGAUUUCUAUUUCCACUGCGCUGGGUGCCAUUCUUAGUAUCCCAAUAUUUUCCUGUACAAUUAUUUAUCAUCUGAGUUUACAAACUAUGUUGACCUAUCUUUCCCAUUAGACUAUAAGCUCCACAGGCAUUGGAAAUACACUUUGUCCCUCAUAUAUAUAUUUAAGAACAGUAUUCCGUAAAUGUUUGUAGAACUGAACUGGAGAGUUAUAGCAUGAAAGCUGAACUUUCCAGUUAUAAAACAAAAAUUCCAUUCCAAAUUUAUUUCACGAUGUGUCACAUCUCAGAAAGAAAUCAUCACAGCCCAUGUGGCUACAGAGUGCACUACUACUACAAACCAAUUCGAUGGGUAAAUCGCUGGUGACAUCUAUGUGUAUGAAAGAAUCCUGAAGCUGCCCCAAAUCAAUGCAAUUCUAAGGAUUUUAAAAAUUCUUUAUUCAUUCAUUCACUCAUGCAUUCAUUCAUGAGAGACACAGAGGCAGAGAGACACAGGCAGAGGGAGAAGCAGGCUCCCUGUGGUGAGCCUGAUGCUGAGACUCGAUCCCAGGA